AUGAGCUGCUACUAUGGCAACUACUAUGGUGGGCUGGGCUAUGGCUAUGGUGGCCUAGGCUGUGGCUAUGGCUGUGGCUAUGGCUGCUAUGGCUAUGGUGGCCUAGGCUGUGGCUAUGGUGGCUAUGGUGGCUAUAGUUAUGGAUGCUGCCGUCCACUCUGCUACAGAAGAUACUAUUCCUAUGGCUUCUACUGA